AUGGAGAAGCAAGUUGCUAAGAGUUUCACUUGGGUGAUUAAGAAAUUUAUAUCUGUGAAAUCCGAGUAUAUCUAUUCUGACGUAUUCGUGGUUGAUGGCUGCAACUGGCGUCUUCUGGCUUAUCCCAAGGGAGAGAAUAAGCAAAGUGAUUAUCUGUCUCUGUAUCUUGAGGUUGCUGAUCAUGAAUUAUUGCCUUGUGGAUGGAGAAGACAAGCAAAAGUUUCUUUUACUAUACCACAUCAUGUUACGCCUAAAUACUCUAUCGUACGAGAAGCAAAACACCUGUUUGAUCAGAAUUCUGUCUCUUGGGGUUUCCCAACAAUGGUUCAUCGUAUCAUACUUAACCCAUGUAGUGGGUUGUUGGUGAACGGAGACUUAACGAUUGUGGCCGACGUUGAUGUUCUUGAAGUUAUUGGCAAAGCAGAGGUACGAGAGGAAACAAUAUCAUAUAUGGAUGUCAAGGGGUUUCAAGUUCUUUCUUCACAGACAGGGUACAUCAAUGCCAUACUCAGCAUGACUGAGACUCUGCGCCGGUCGCCUAAGGAAAUCGCCAAAGAUGAACUGGCAGAUGCAUAUGCUUUACUGGAACCCAUGAACGAGUGUGGAUUUAGGUUGGAUUGGUUGGAGAAGAAACUUGAUCAAGUGUCUAAAAAGAUGAAGAAAUAUGAAGCUGGUGAGACUCAGAUACAAGAAAUUGAACAAGAGUUGAAGGAUUUGAAGCUUAAGUGUUCAGACCUCGAAGCUCAGUUGGAGAAGGAGAAGGCAGAGGUUUUGGCUGCCAUAGCUCCCCUCUUGCUUUCUGAUGGAAGAUGA